AUGUUUUCCUAUGAUCGCCAUUUUAGGUUGAUUAUAGAGGGCGAAGGAUCUACCCCCGUUUUCAAUGGACCCCAUGCUGUCAGGGACACGAAGUAUACCCUUGCCAACCAUUACUUGUCAGCUAAUUGGGAUGGCUUCCACGACAAUGAAACUGGCAUCUGGGGUUACACGUGGGCAGCUGGUUCAACUGUAUGUGGAACAGAUGUCCAGCCGUAUGAUGACCCACACUCACACCUCUCAGGAAAGUCAUUUUGGACGCACAACGGUUUGGCAAAACACCUACAUCUUCCCGAUGGCUCGUACUACGUGACUGUUCAAGCACUGAAUAGUGUCCACCAUGGGGGAUCUCUAGUGACCACCGUGUGUCACAGCACACCUAUUAUAAUCGAUACGACAAAGCCAAUUUUCAGUGGGAUUAAUGACAUUGUAUACGACGAAGACUUCGACAUUUUGGCAGUGUACUAUAAUGUGUCUGAUUCUCUUUCUGGCAUCAUGAGGGUAGACUUGGCCUUGGGUAAAACCAAGUAUGAUGCUAAGAUUCGACCCUUUUCCAGGCAUGAUCAUAUAGAAAGAAAACAUGCAUAUCUUUUAUUGGAAGAUCCAGGGAUCCCAGAUGGAAUACCCGCGUGGAUUCGGGUGCGGGCAAUUAAUAAUGUUGAGUUAUUUACAACUGGUCACAGUGAUGAACCAAUUAUGAUCGAUCGUUCUGAGCCCAUUGCCGGAGAUCUGUUUGACGGUAAAAAUCUACAUGUUGACAUUGAUUACCAGGCUAAUAACGACAGCAUUUGCGUCCAUUGGAAAGGAUUUUACGACCCGGAGUCGGGGAUAGACAGCAUUGAGAAUGACUGUGGCGGCAGGCAUUAUGAGAAAGACAAUCAAGUUGGCCCAUAA